AUGAGUGAGCAACUUAUUAAUUCUAAGAAAAAAUUUGGUGCUCGUAGUAAAAGGCUGGUGGAAUUGGCUCUGAAAAAGGAAGUAGUGCAUACUAGUGGAAAAGGGGUGGAAUCAUGUAUAAUGGAUAAAAAGCAUUUUCAUACCACUGAAAACGAGAAUGCCUUUUCUGAGGAGUGCGUAAUCGAAGGACUAGAAGAAGAAGAUGUUUGGGACGAAUUCAAUAAAUGGAAACAAAAGCAAAAUAUGAACGAAAAAGUCGAAUCGAACCACACUGAAAAACAAUUUAUUCCAUUAACGGAAUUCAUUGAUUCAUCAACAUCUUGGAUUCCAGAUGAAGAAGAGUCCAAUUCAACAAGUCAUUCCUUGUCAGAUAUAUCACAAGAAAUCCAAAUUCAAGAAGCGUUGCAAUAUCAGGAUGAAGAUCACUUGCAACAGAUUACAAAUGAUAUCGAAAACACUAAUAUGACUUUCGGUCGCGAAGAGCAAACCCCAGCACCUCUCAGCAAUGAAAUCAGUCAAGAUAUCAGACCUAAAUUGACGAUUUUACAAAAUAUUAUCAAUGUUGGAGUAAUAGGUGAUUCAGAGAAACUGGUUGAUGUUAGUCAACGUAAAAGUAGAAUAUGGGAUAAGAAAGACAGAUGUAUUUAUUGUGAUCGGGAUUGUACAAAUUUCUCGAGGCACCUAUUCAGGAACCACGCCAAUGAAGAUUAUGUAUGUAAAAUCAUGCAGCUUCCGAAGGGUAAUAAGAAAAGGAAGCAGAUGAUUGAUAUUGUACGGAAAGAAGGAAACUUAUCAUUACUAGAUGAGAACAAAAUCAGACCCGUUCAAAGAGAAACACGAAAAUAUGAAGGAGGCAAAGAAAGUAGUGGAGAAGCAAUUCAGUUUAUGCCAUGUCCUUAUUGCAAGGGUAUAUAUCGUUUGAAAACUCUACGAAAGCACACAAAAAUCUGUUCAUGCCAUCCGAAUGAUGGCGAAAAAUGUAACGUUGCGAGUCUAGGACAAAAUCUUCUGGUUUUCAAAGCUUCUCGAAGAUCAUUUUAUGAUAGACUGAGAUUGAAGAAUGAAGUAUUUCCAAAGAUGCAUGCGGACAGAGCUUCGUUCAAAGGAAAAAAUGACCCUGUUGUUUGUCAGUAUGCUGAAGACUAUUUACGUAAACACAGAAGACCUCAUAUUAGAAAUGCAGUGUCUAAUAAAAUUCGGGAACUCGGCAGGCUCCUCAUUCCCCUCCAGGAUAUUUAUGGUUUCAAUACAUUGUUGGAAGUAAUGAACACGAAACAUUACGAUAAAGUUGUCCAUGCAGCCCAAAUAAUUUCUGGCUAUGAUGAGACGGCGAAAACCUUUCAAUCGCCUUCUUUAGCAAUGCACAUGAAGACAAUUCUAUUGUUUGCAUGUUUAGCAGCAAAAACUCUUUUAUUGAAGCAAGAUCCUGUUCUACCAGUGACUGAUUACACAGAAGCGCUGAAGAAUGUGAAAAACUUUCGGUUACUAGUAGAUGAAAGAUGGAAAUUCGAUAUGAGCAGUUUGGCAUUGAAAGACUUGAAUGAAAAACACGGAAAAAAACCCCAGACGCUACCUAUAACAAGUGAUGUCAUUAAAUUCAGAGAAUACGUUGUCAGUACAGCCGAACAGAGCAUUGAUUUAUUGAAAGAAAAUGCUAAUGAUUUGAAAUCAUUCAAAACAUUAACGGAGACUAUUCUGGUAUUGACUGUUCUAUUGAAUCGAAAAAGGGUUGGUGAUGUGCAAUAUAUUACACUCGAUUCCUACAAGGAAUGUACAAACAGCAGAAAUCAAGAAGAAUGCAUCAAUGUUUUAUCGGAGUCAGAAAAAUUGUUAUCGGCGCAUUUCAAAAGAAUUGUAUCCAUUGGAAAGGGCAGCAAAUCUAUUCCGAUUUUGUUUCCUAAAAAUGUACAGACAUACAUUGAAGUUCUUCUAUCUAGCAGAGAACAAAAUCAAUUAGUUCCCAAUGAAAAUCCAUUUCUCUUCGCUUUGAUUGGAAGUAAAGACAAGUGGAUGGAUGGAUCAUCAGUUCUUCGUAAAUAUUCUGUAUUAUGUGGUGCUGAAAAUCCAAAAACAUUAACAUCCUCACGUCUAAGGAAACAGAUUGCUACAGUUCUACAAGUAAUAAAUUUGAAUGAAACGGAAAAAGAGCAGGUUGCCUCUUUCAUGGGACACACAAAAAAAACCCAUGAAGAGUUUUACAGGCUUCCACAAGAUGUCUUCCAAACAGCGAAAAUAGCGAAACUAUUGUUGAUGAUGGAUAAAGGAGAAGGGGCUAAUUUCAAAGGAAGGACUCUAGAAGAAAUUGAUAUUCAUCUAGACAGUUUAGAUGGAGAGGACUGUGCAAAAAUAGAGAGUGAUUCAGGAUCUGGUGUGAAAGAGUAUGUAUCUACUGCAUUUGGUAUCACAGAGACUCUUCUAGAAUCUACCUUGGCUCUUAAUACUGUAUUCUCCUUUCCAGUGUGUGAAACACAAAUGCAGUGA